AUGGCUUCUCAGGCGGGCGAAGAUCCCAUGAUCGCUACCCUGCCGCCAGCGACUGACUAUAUGACCUAUCUGACAUUGCUGGAAUAUCAGCUAACACCGCAGAAACUCCCUACGUUAAUCCGUCUUCUUAGCGACGACGAUGGUAAACUCGCCGAGGAGAUUGGCUGGGAUUUGCCGAAGCUUAUCCUACCCAUGCUGAACGAGAACCCUGCAGAAGCCGCUCGAUGCUUGGAGAUAGUGGCUCGUAGAGGCAAUCCCAGGGAGGUUGUUGUCCGGGUUGCGGAAGAGCUGGAAAAGUUGGGUGAUCAAGCCGACAAGGGCGACUCAGAAGACGGCGAAGAACAAAGUGAACUUCCGACUUUCCCAGGCGAAGCGCCUCGCGUGCAUCUUGGAGGCAUGACUCUUGAGGGCAUGCCGGAUGCAGAGAAGCCUGCUGAAGGCAGCGACCCGGCAGCCGCGUCACAGGGAUCCUCUCUCAAAAGUCUGCAGCUGCAAGCACUUUUCAACAUGCUAAGCCACCUUCAUCCUAGGAUCAAAACGCAAUACCCGACUCGCUUCCUCGCGACAUCCCUCCCUGCGGCAUUGGGCGCCUACCGCCAACUUCCCAUCACACAGGCGACUACCUCUGCUUUUCUGAGCAUGCUUGAGAACUUAGCUGGCAAGAAACGCCCUCCACUGCCGCCACGGCCCGACACUCAAGAUGAUACGCGACCAGCGAGUACAACUGCAGCUAACCUCCCAGAUCCCGAGGCCAAGGCUGAGGAGGAAAACACCGGUGUCAAUGUUCCCUCUGAUGCCGAAAAGGCCAUUAUCUCCAGACUGCUUGAUGCUGUUCUGCUUGAGGUGUUGGACGAAUACUUGUCAUCCCUCAGCACUGAUGAGUACCCUUCGAUGUCAUGGACGGCUCGACUCCGGGAACACCUCGAGCCCGGGCGGGUCGUGCUUGGAAGACCAACAGAGACGGAGCAGUGGAAGCAAACCCCAGAACUGGUCGCAAGAGACGCUCUCUUAGCCCGCUUCUACUCUAUUAGCAAGGACUUGCAACUCGACACUAGUCAUGAAAUGAGAAAACUCUUGGAUGAGGAUGAGGAAGAUCAACCCCAAAAUCCGUACCAUGAACAGGAACCAUCAGAAUACCCAACGUCUCCGUCACAGAUACCAUUUCCCCGAGCUGGUGUUAUCUAUCUACGAGCAUACCAUUCCUUCUUGGAACCCUCGGAUACUUCAACGCUUCUCACGAUAACUGAGCUCACCAAGCUGAUCGCGCGCUCCUUCCCCUUGAGCGCUACGCCGUCCAUCCCGUUGCCAGCUCUCCAAGACGCCCUCCUCUCUCUUCUGUACAAGCAGACAUUGGCGGUAGCAGCUGCUCCCACGACGCCUCAGCCCUCACCAGCCAAAUUCCUCCUCCUCCUGAGUACCCUCACCCAGCUCUUCACCAUAACCCCGUACCCUGCCCUCCGCGACUCUGCCCACUACAUCGCCGGCAAGUUGCUCCAUGCAUACCCGGACCACUCCGUUCGCCUCAGAGUCAUCACCCAAACAUUGGAGGGGAGCACGCUGAGCACAAAUUGGGCCGAAAUCGAGGACGAAGAAAUAGGCGCGCAGCAGCCACCAGAGCCCGAGAUCGUGGAAGAAACAGGCCUUACCAGGAGCACAUCCGCGCUGGUCCCGCAUCCCAUCCCUCUUGCGCCACCGCAGCAGUUGGGCCAGCUGAAGGCCAUCGGGACAGAUUGGCUGAAGGACGAGAUCGCUGCAUGGAUGGCGAUGAAGUCCAAUACAAGCGGGGAGACCAGCGCACCCGUCGUUGUCGGAUCACUUGAUCCCAGUCAACUGCUCCUCAUGCCAGAAUCCCUAGAGUCGAGCGAGCGUGACCUAGCCAAGCACGAGGGUAUUGCCCCUCUCCUCGAUCUUCUUUUCCCUCGCGAUAUGCCCGAACUCCCUACAACCUCUGCGCGGCCCGACGACGUUGGAGCCGCAGACACGGAUACGGAUGCGGACGACUCCCUCACCGAUUUCCUCCUCUCCAUCCCGUUUUACAUUUCCACGCUGAACCUCAUCUGCAUCGUCCUGCCUUACCUGGUCAGCACGCCUAGCAUGGGCGUGCCGGCGCUGAAGUCUCGACUGCAGAGACACAUGGACUCGUUGACCAGAUCGUCCACGUUUCUAGUCGAGGUCUUGCAGCACGUUCAAAAGGAGACCGCGAGCCGUGGCCUUGGAGGAGCGCAAGAAGGAGAAGGAGGAAGCAACGGGGACGACGAGACCGGUAUUUUCGAGGCCAGCCGCGCCGAUAUUUUCGCCUUGGAGGACGCCUGCGCGCGUGCGAAGGGCGUGUGGGAGAGGUCACGCCAGUAG